AUGGCGGUUUACGAUCUCGGCAAUGUGGCAGAAGCGCCAGAGGGCUCCGAAGUCUACAGCACACGCUCGUUAUACCACUACUCCAGCACCUUCUGGGCCCUGAAUUACGACGCUACUGUCAACAGCGUCAACUACGGACACUUCGCUGAUUGGAAUCAUGUGGGAUUCGACCACGGCGAUAGAACCAUCAACUGGGUCGGCUUUGCCGGGGAGCAGCGGAGGCUUGGUCUACAACGAGAACAGCCUUGGGUGCACACGCUGCUUCCCGAGAACCACCAACCAUAUGAGUUUUCUAUGGACGGAAGAUACGGAGGUCUCUCUGGGGAGCUUUCGGUGCUUAUCGCUCUCAUUGCUUUCUCCAUUCGCCCGGAGUGGUUAUUCCAUGGAUUGAGCAACUGCAUGCGACAAGGCCAGUGGGGCGGGCAUCAGCACAGGCAUGGCAGUGGGUUUUCUAUUGAGAUAUUGCACAUCUGCGCUUUCUAA